AUGAGUUCAGGGAAGAAAAAGACAAACGCUGAAGCGUCUAGCGCUACACAGAAUACUACCAAGAAUAACGAAACUGUUGUAGCCGCUGUCCAAACCCGAGAUGCUCUAGCGGUCAUAUUUGCCAUUCGUUUCAUAAAUGCGCUUUGCGUCCGUACCUUCUUUCAGCCAGACGAAUAUUUCCAAGCUCUCGAACCAGCUUGGAACUUGGUAUUCGGGGAAGAUAGCGGAGCAUGGUUGACCUGGGAAUGGAAGCAUCAGCUUCGAUCAUCUAUUCACCCUACUAUAUUUGCCUUGGGAUAUUGGAUCGUCCAGAACUUCGAAGGGUCAGGGAUGGCUUCAGAAACUAAAGCUAAAUGGCUCCUUGCAGCGCCUAAGGUCUUACAAACUGGGUUUGCUGCCUUGAGCGAUUGGUAUUCGUGGAGGCUUGCGGAGAGAUUAUACGGUCGUGGGAGUGCUGCUGCCUGGUCCGUUCUGUUGAUGGCAUUGGUCAACCCCUGGCAAUGGUAUACAUCGACAAGGACUUUCUCGAACUGCUUUGAGACAACCUUGACGGCUGCUGCUCUCUAUUAUUGGCCCUGGCAACUUCUAGGUACGGAAGAUGACGGAAAUGCCGAGUCCAAGUAUUCAUCGACUCCCCUCUUCGAGACCUGGGGUCAGAUUAACAAUCUUCGAUUAUCCCUGAUACUAGCCGCAUUCGCUGUUCUCUUGCGGCCAACCAAUGUUUUGAUAUGGGUGGCUAUUGGUACCCUCGCACUGACCAGAGCUACACUCGGUGGAAAAUCACCACUUACUCUAAGAAACGUCCUUAUCAUCUAUAGAGAGGUGGUCUUUUGCGGGUCAUUCGUUCUUGGAUUAUCUUUAGUAGCUGACCGUCUGUACUACGGAGAGUGGACAUUUCCCCCCUUAACAUUCUUACAUUUCAAUGUUGCCCAGGACCUCGCUAGCUUCUAUGGACAGAAUGAUUGGCAUUACUAUCUUUCCCAGGGCAUACCGUUGCUGGGUACUACGAUAACCCCGUUUAUCCUACAAGGCUUAUACAAGUCUCUAGACUCAGAGAACUCAAGCUGGCCGGUAGCGACUUCUAACGCCUUAAAGGCAUUAUCCUUCGUGGUCUUCACAAACAUAUCUGCCUUAUCGUUUGUUUCCCAUAAGGAAGUUCGCUUCAUUACGCCUCUUCUUCCAGCGUUCCAUAUUUUGGCUGCACCCUAUAUUACGUCCUUUUUCACCACAUCAACAAAUGCUGCCUCUGCUAGCUCAACGCCAACGUUGGGAUGGAAGCGGACACCUUUACUUCUAGGAGGUCUACUUAUCAAUAUCAUCAUUGGUGGCUACCUCUCCUAUUUCCAUGCUGCCGCACCUAUCAAGGUAGUAGACUACCUGCGUAACGAAUUCGAAAGCAUUCACCCCAAGCACCUUUCAAUCCCGCAACCGGCAAACAUCACCGUAGACGAUGACUUCUCGCAAGAGCUCUUCGCACUUUUUCUGACUCCUUGCCACGCUACGCCGUGGCGUUCUCAUCUUGUCUAUCCGGCUCUGCGCGCACGUGCUCUAACCUGCGAGCCCCCUCUACAUACCUCACCGAAGUCCCUACAGCGCCAGAUAUAUAAGGAUGAGACGCGUCGCUUCUACGCGGACAAAGUCGGUUUCCUGGAGGAGCUGUGGCCUGCAGAUGGUCCCGGUGAGGACAUGGCAAGAUAUAUUGUCGGGUACGAGGGUAUCAGUUCUGCGCUACACGAAUACUUUGACUUUUCGGGUCCCGGCCGCCGACAUAAGGUCGAGCUGACGCGAGUGUGGGAUUCGUGGAAUGGACUGUUCACGGAUGAUGAUAGGAAAUCAGGACGCUUGGUGGUGUGGGCUACGGGCUAUUACGAUAAGGUGUUACCUGUAGAGCCAUAA